ACUACCCGUUGCCGUGUGUACAGCUUGCGGCUUUGCGUUGCCGAUUGGGGUCUACUCGGGGCUUCGAUCGCAAUGUGUAGACAACGAUGGGUCGCGCUGCUUGUACUAUUAGGCCUCCUGCUUCAAGCCAGUACAACUUUCGCAAAGGAUUAUUAUGAGCUUUUACAGGUGGCUAAAGGAGCAAACGAAGCACAGCUUAAGCGCGCGUACCGCAAGCUCGCGCUGCAGUACCAUCCGGAUAAGGUGACGGGCUCUGAAGAGGAGAAGAAGGCGGCUUCACAGAAGUUCGCUGACAUUAACCACGCUUACGAAGUACUGUCGGAUCCUGAGAAGCGUAAGAUCUACGACCAGUAUGGCGAGGAUGGGCUUAAACAGGCGCAAGCACGCGAGCAAGGCGGCGGCCGUGGCGGCCACGAUAUAUUUGACAUGUUCUUCGGUGGGGGCUUCGGGCACGGGCACCACCAAGAGGAGGAGACCCGCAAAGGGCACACCAUCUAUGUGGACCUGCCAGUAUCGUUGCGGGACUUGUACGUGGGCAAGGAGCUUCAGGUCGUGCGUGACAAGUCGGUUCUCAAGACUACCAGCGGCACUCGCAAGUGCAACUGCAAGACCAAGAUCAUGACACGCCAACUGGGCCCGGGCAUGUUCCAGCAGUUCCAGACCCAGGAGUGCGGCACCUGCCCCGCUGUCAAACUGGAGCGCGAGCAGGUGCCCAUCAACGUGCAUGUGGAGCCGGGCAUGAACGACGGGCACCGCAUCGAAUUCUUCGAGGAGGGUGAGCCCCUAGUGGACGGGGAGCCCG